UUAUAUUGUGCUUUUUUCACGCUUGGAUUUUUACAAAAUAAGUUUAGUUAGAUGAAAAAAAUGUUCUUACAUAACGAACCAACUCCUUUCUUGAAUAGUUUCAACUAUUGGACGAAACGUCGUAAAAAAGAAGUAGUAGCAUACGUUCAUACAUAUAUUGUUUAUUACGUUUUACUAUCGACGUUUAAUGUUGCAAACAAGGAAAACCAAUCAAAAUCUCAAGAGUAAUAAGGACCAGGAUGGCUGAUACACUAAAAAAUGAAGGUUCUUCGAAAAAUAAUUGCGGCGAGAAACUUCAUCCAAUAUAAAGGAAGAAAAUCCUGCAACUACUGAGUUUGAACUUAAAAAUAAUAAAAUAUUUUAUUAACGGACAUCGAUUUCUAUGAGAAACAUUCUUAUUGCAGGUGACCUGUCAUGUUUUCACGGCCACUGUUUUCGCAUCCUAAACAUCAUUCGAUGACUUCGCUAUUUCUCUCUUACUAUCCAUGCAAAAAACUGAAUACAUAUUACAGAUAUGAUAUGUCAGAGACCUCACAUUAUUCUAUGCGUUACACUUUCACUUUGUAACCUUAUAGAUCACGUUUAUCUUUGAUAAUUAUCUUCUCAGAGAUAUUGAUAGGCCAAAGCUUCUUUAUAUGUUGUCAUAAACUUUAAUCAUAUACCACAUUAUGAAUGAUGAUAUAUAUAUCCGUACCUUAAAGUAUAUUUUAUUGAAUAACAAAUCUGAAAAGCGCAUAUGUAAAUAAAUAUAAAAAUAGCUGCCGGCCAAUAUCGAUUUAUCUUCUUUCAUUAUACAGUCAAUGUAUACACAAUAAUCAUCAUUUGGGGCGGAUCAUAUUAUACUCAUUAGUUUAAAUUAUGUUGUGCGAUUUUUUCCUCUUCACAAGUUAUAAUAAAAAAAAAGAAACUAGUUAUUAAUGAAAUAAACUAGCGCAUAUUUAAUUCGGCGCAGUGAAUACAAUAACAUACUCUCUACAGUGGAGAAUAAUAAUUACCACGACCGAAAAAUGAUACACUGAAAAUUAUUUUAUGAACAUUAGUAUCAAAUAAAGGUCUGAACCAGCAUGAGAAUAGCGACCUCAUGGAUCGUCAUGUCUCUACUGACCGCUAUAUUCGAAUCGUCUCAAGGUCAUGAUCAUUAUAAAGCACUUAAUAACAAUUACAAGAUCAAUAAAAAACCAUGUUUGGUCAACGGUCUGGAGGGUACAUGUAUGUUCGUUUACGAGUGUAUCAACAGUAAAGGGCGACACAUAGGGAUGUGCGUAGAUACUUUCAUGUUCGGCAGCUGUUGUGCUCACAACCUUACCACAUCUCAGUUGGCUAUGCUACCUGAUUCAUCUGAACCAGCAGUUCUAUUUACUCAGCCUGGGGUUAAUAGUGUCUCACAAAAACCAGUGCGGCCCCAUCACAGACCUCAUAGGCCUUCACAGGUCAUGAUGCGACCAAACAAUGUAGAUUCAGAUUCUGCGGCAUCGGUGUCAGCUGUUGACAAAAAAUAUCAUUAUCAUUCGUCAUCUACACCUCAGCCUCAUCUGUUAAAUAGAAUACCGUCAACUAAUUUUAUAUCAAACAAUCGACCCAACUUCAUGUCCCGGCCGGCUGCUUUACCUAGCCAGCAUAUUAUCACAUCUACAGCUAUCAGUACUACAAACACAAAUAGUCAAUCUCAACAAGUGGAUGAUAACGAAAACAAAGUAGAUUCAAAUUGGUCCCAUAGACCCAAUUGGAAUUCUAAUUCUGGAAAUCAUCAUAGUUUCAUCACUAAACCAAAGCCUCAAACCCACCUAAAACCAUACUAUUCACAUACUACGUCAACAACAACAACAACUACUACUACUUCUUCGACUACAACACCUAAACCUACCACAACAACUUCUACUACAACUACACUACCACUCCCGAGUACAACUGAAGUAACGUUAUCAACGACCUCAAAACAUGAUGCGGUAGAUACCAUAACUGUUGUUUCUACAAUUAAGCCAGAAAAACAUACCGCUAAGCCGGGUGUAUCGGCUGAAACUAAUCAAAAAUCAAUACCUUGUGGAUCAGCACCCUUACAUCCCAGACAUGAAAUUCGUAUAGUAGGUGGCAGAAACGCUGCGUUUGGAAGUUGGCCUUGGCAGGUAUCUGUAAGAAGAACAUCAUUCUUUGGAUUUUCCAGUACUCAUCGGUGCGGUGGAGCAUUACUGAAUGAAAAUUGGAUUGCUACGGCUGGACAUUGUGUAGAUGAUUUACUAACAUCACAAAUUCGCAUAAGAGUUGGCGAGUAUGAUUUUUCAUCCGAACAUGAACCGUACAAGUUCGCAGAACGUGCUGUUGCUAAAAAGGUAGUCCACCCCAAGUAUAACUUCUUCACGUACGAAUAUGAUUUGGCCAUGGUCCGUUUAGAUUCUCCACUUCAAUAUGCACCACAUAUUGUUCCCAUUUGCUUACCUGGUUCUGAUGACUUACUUAUCGGUGAGAAUGCAACUGUAACGGGAUGGGGACGACUUAGUGAAGGAGGCACUCUACCAUCAGUAUUACAAGAGGUAAACGUACCUAUUGUUAGUAAUGACAAGUGCAAAAGUAUGUUUUUAAGGGCUGGAAGACAUGAAUAUAUACCAGAAAUUUUCAUGUGUGCUGGUUUUGAUGAUGGAGGUCGUGACUCAUGUCAGGGUGAUUCGGGAGGACCAUUACAAGUGAAGGGGAGGGAUGGCCGAUAUUUUUUAGCUGGUAUAAUAAGUUGGGGCAUCGGAUGUGCAGAAGCUAAUUUGCCGGGUGUAUGUACUAGGAUAUCCAAAUUUGUGCCUUGGAUACUAGAGACUGUUACGUAGUUAGGGAUUUUUUUCUAUAGAAAACUUCUACAAAGUUUAACUAUCUUAGUCUAUUAAAAUUAUGUUGUACAAAUUAUACGAAAUACCGAAUCGGUAAAUGUGUUUAUAAAUUUUAUAAUUUGUAAAUUAAAUUUUAAAGUAUAUAUUUUAUACAAUUUAUAAAUAUAAUCAAUUGUACAUAAAUUAUAUAUUAAGCAUUCAUAUGUUAAAAAUUUUGUAAUACAAAGAAUAACUAAACUAUUGUUUAUUAAGCACAACUUGCAACAAACCUUUAUUUCGUAUG